UUGAAUGAAGCUGAUGUGUGUGAUGAGGAAAUGGUAGAUGCAGUUGUGGAGCAGAAGGACAAAGGCGAGGGAAGAACCAGACUUGAAGCAAAGGACAAUGCAUGCCCAAAUUUCAAUGUCUCUCUGACAGACAGUCAGAUGGAUCACAUCCUGGAGACCAGUCAUCAGGAUUGUUCUCCCGAUGAAGGUAACAAUGCCGCUGAGGACAACCCAAACCGAAGCAGCAGCUUUUUGUUUGACAGUCUGUAUGAGAACUCGCCGAGCCCACGCCAAAUCCCGCCGCGCCCACCGGUAGACGAGGAGACUGGAUGUGGGCGCCCCCUGCUGUCCGCGCAGGAGCGACGCCGCAGCGAGCUCCUCGUCAACCAGCAGGCGGAGAAGCACGAGGCCAUCCAGUGGGGCGAGUCCUCCUUCAACCUGUCGGAGUGGGGCGACUCCAUGCUGGUGGGCGAGCACUUUUUAGAGAAGCAGGAGGGCGGCCUUCAUGAAGGCAACGAGGAGCAAGCCGGGCCACAAAGUGAAGCUCAAGAUGAAGUUUCACUGCAAAGUGGAGACCAUGGACCGGAUGUCCGUUUUGCACCUGAGAGCAGCUUUGAUUGCAGUCCGGGUCUGCAGGAGAUCUUUGACCGCUGGCCUAGUAUGUCUGAUCAGCCUGUGCAGAACAUCCCAUCAGACCUCAAAGGCACGGUCGACCAUGCUGCUCCCAUGCAGAUGGCAAUCACGGACGACCCUGAGAGGGAUUCUGCAGGAUUACAACCAUCAAUAGAGAGGCCUGACUCUGCUGGUGACCUUGUACCUCCUACUCAGGAGACCCCGCCCGUGACGCCCAGAAUAAAACUAACCACGACCUCCAUCCAGUCGCCUCUUGCCAUCCCGCCAUUCAACCAGUCGACUCCUUCCAACCUCCACCGGGGGGAACCUCCUAAGCCUCCGCCACCUGACAACGCCACCCAGCUGCAGCCUCAUUGCGAGGACACGCCGCCGGACUCCUACGGGGGCUUCUCUCUACAGCUCUCCCAGGACGCGCCGCUUUCCUCCAGCGGCGCCUUCUCCAUCAUCGACGUGUCCAGCAACCGGCGGCUCUUCGACGCCUUUGUGGAAGAGUGGGAAACGAAAGAGCGAUUCUCUCUGGCUUUGGCCUGGGAGAAGAAGGAGCGCCCAAAGGCGCAGGACGGGGAAAUUGGAGCUGACGGGUUUCCAGUAAGAGGCAGUGAUGGAUCGGUGCUGAUUGGACUGUCUGUCUGCUGGGGAGCAAGAGACGCUUACUACAUAUCCUUUCAGCGAGAGCAGAACCAAGGUUUGAGUUUGAGCCUGGCUCCUCCCGCCCUGGAUGAGAGUCUGUCAGUAGGCGAGAGGCUCGCACACGUGCAGGCGGGUCUCUGCGGGCCAGCCGCUGGAGGGAGGGUGGUGGUCACCUAUGACAUCAUCCAGGUGUACAAAAUGCUGGUGCUGAGCUGCGGCAUCAGCUUGGAGGGACGAUGUGAAGACCCCAAGGUGGCGUGCUGGCUGUUGGACCCUGGCAGUGAGGAGAGAACCCUGCCCAACAUGGUCACCGUCUAUUGUCCGGACGCGCUCCCCCUUUUGGACGGGCUGGGGAACGCCCACGCGUACUGUCCUCGCGUGAGGGCGGCCACCACCAGCGUGCUCGCGUACGCCGUCAUGAACCAUCUCAGUCUUCUGCUCGACAAGGACGGCAUGCUGGACUCCUUCACGAGCGUGGAGAUGCCUUGCCAAGUGUGUCUGGCGCUGCUGGAACUCAACGGCGUGGGUUUCAGCGUCGACGAGUGCGAUAGACAAAAACGCGUGAUGCAAGCCAAGCUGGUGGCGCUGGAAAGUCGAGCGUACGAGCUGGCGGGGCACGCCUUUUCCCUCACCUGCAUCGACGACAUCGCACAGGUUCUGUUCUUGGAACUCCACCUGCCUCUAAACGGUGACAAGGGGGCGCCCAGGAGCAAGAAGACCCUGGGCUACACCCGCAGAGGCGGCGGCAGAGUCCGGCUGGGAAAGCAGUUCAGCACUACCAAGGAUGUUCUGGAGAAGCUCCGCCCUUUCCACCCGCUCCCUGGCGUGAUCCUGGAAUGGAGGAGGAUCACCAAUGCCUUGACUAAGGUGGUGUUCCCGCUGCAAAGAGAGAAGCAGCACCACACCAGACUGGCCAUGGACAGGAUCUACCCCGUAGCCCAGACACACACGGCUACAGGUCGUGUGAGCUUCACAGAGCCCAACAUUCAGAAUGUCCCCAAAGAUUUUGACAUUUGCACGGCGACACUUGCGGGGGAGAGCCCGCCGUCGCAAGAUGGCCGCCACAUAGGCAAACAAGGGAAGAAGAGAUGCCCCGUGGUUCCGAGUCAAGGCCCGUCUUUCUCUGUCAGCAUGAGACACGCCUUUGUCCCUUUCUCAGGUGGGAUGAUGUUAGCGGCCGACUACUCCCAGCUGGAGCUGAGGGUCCUGGCUCACCUGUCCAAAGACCGCCGGCUGCUGCAGGUGCUCAACGGGGGGGCCGACGUCUUUCGCUGCAUCGCCGCUGAGUGGAAGAGCGUGGACCCCGAGACUGUCAGCAACGAGCUACGGCAACAAGCCAAACAGAUCUGCUAUGGAAUCAUUUACGGGAUGGGCGCCAAGUGUUUGGGGGAACAAAUGGGCGUGGAGGAGGACGACGCCGCUCGCUACAUUGACAGCUUCAAGGCCAGAUACAAGGGGGUCAACUCCUUCCUCAGAGACACGGUGAAGAAAUGCAUGAAGGAGGGUUAUGUUCACACGCUGGCAGGACGUCGCAGAUACCUUCCUGCCAUCACACACGCCAACCCUCACCUGAAAGCCCAUGCACAGCGUCAGGCAGUCAACUCCACAGUGCAGGGAUCUGCUGCAGACAUUGUCAAGAUGGCCACUGUCAACAUCCACAGGAGACUACGUCUCACUUACCCCACUGCACCUCUCUCUCACCAGCAUAACCACUCAGCGCGCGGAGGAGGGGUGCACCUGCAAGGAGGUUACUUGGUGUUGCAGCUCCAUGAUGAACUCAUCUAUGAGACCACGGAAGAAGACCUCAUUCAGGUGGCACAGAUGGUGAAGCGAGAGAUGGAGAGCGCGGUGAAACUUUACGUGAAGCUGAAAGUGAAAGUAAAAGUGGGACCCAGCUGGGGGAACCUGCAGGACUUGGACAUUUAAUGUACUGUCACACACAGGUUCGAUCCCCAACCUGCACCCCAACACCCAGCCAGCAUAUUUAUACUAAUAUUUUUAAUUACUGCUGAAGAAUGAACUUGCACUACAAGAGUGAAAGAUAAUAUUUAUUCAUGUUGUUUGACAGCAGUCAUGUGACAUUUAGUCGAUGUUUUCUCCUACAAGAGACAUUUUGCAGCAAAUAAAACAAAGUGAAAGUCUGUUUGUGCAACACAAAUGUAUUUGUGUGUCUGUAUUUCAAUGUGUGUGUUCUAGGUUGUCCCUAUUGGGAUUUGUCUCUGGGCAAAAAAACAUCUCUGUCCGUAUUCCCUCGAUUGUUGUUUUUUCGCUACCGUUUCUGCCAUUAGAGUUGUGUAUGCAGAUGUGUGUAGUGUUGUCAUCACAUUACUGACAUGGACGUCCAUUAGACAUGUUCUAAACUCCGUCACCAACAGCGCCGACUAGUGGCGAGUACCAAGAGAGGCGAGGUGACGGUACAGACCCAAGUUGGGGUUGCUGCGUGGACACACAACUCUUACACGGCAGCUGGGUCACAAAAGGCUCGUGCAAACAGACAGCCAAUCAGAGUUCCUGCCUUCACACUAAUCUGAUUACAGACUUAUUUUUUACCCACACAGAUUCUUUUACACAACUCUAAUGGCAGAAACGUAGCAAAAAGUCACAGCUAGAAAGACAGUCAAUCAGGGAUCCUGCUUCACACACAACUCUUAGAAACAUUGCUUUACACAUACACACAUCUGAAUACAUGUACACAACUUAGCGGCAGAAAGGUAGCAACAUGCCAUGUGUAAACAGUUAAUCUGGGUUCUUGCUUCACCCAAAUCUGAUUACAGAAACACAUUUUCAUGCGCAGACACAAAUUGCUUUACACAUACACAUCUAAACACAAACAAUUCUUUCAAGGCAGAAACUUUGCAAAAAUUAGGGUUUCUGUUUCACAUAAAUCUGAAUACACAUACAGAACUAACUGUUUACACAUGACAUGUUGCUACCUUUCUGCUGUUAAUCAGCAUUCCUGCUUCACCCAAAUCUGAUUACAGACAUAAAUUGCUUUACAUAUACAAACACCUAAAUACAAACAAUGCGUUAACAGACAAUCAGGGUUUCUGUUUCACAUAAAUCUGACUACACAUACACAACGGCAGAAAGAUAGCAACAUGUCACGUGUAAACAGUUAAUCAGGGUUCCUGCUUCACCCAAAUGUGAUUACAGACACACAUUUUCCUACGCGCACACAACUUAAGCCACAAAUUGUUUUACACAUACACACAUCUAAACAAUUCUUUCAAGGCAGAAACUUAGCAAAAAUCAUGUGUAAGGCAAUUAGGGUUUCUGUUUCACAUAAAUCGGAAUACAAGUACACAACUCUAACUGUUUACACAUGACAUGUUGCUACCUUUCUGCUGUUAAUCACCAUUCCUGCUUCACCCAAAUCUGAUUACAGACAUAAAUUGCUAUACACAUACAAACACCUAAAUACAAACAAUUCUUUAAAGGCAGAAACUCAGCAAAAAUCAGGUGUUAACAGACAAUCAGGGUUUCUGUUUCACAUAAAUCAGACUACACGUACACAACUUAACGGCAGAAAGGUAGCAACAUGUCAUGUGUAAACAGUUAAUCAGGUUCCUGCUUCACCCAAAUCUGAUUACAGACACACAUUUUCAUACGGGCACACAACUUGAGACACAAAUUGCUUUACACAUUCACACAUCUAAACACAAACAAUUCUUUCAAGGAAGAGACAGUUAUCAAAAAUCAGGUGUUAACAGACAAUCAGGGUUUCUGUUUCACAUAAAUCUGACUACACGUACAUAACUUAACGGCAGAAAGGUAGCAACAUAUCAUGUGUAAACAGUUAAUCAGGUUCCUGCUUCACCCAAAUCUGAUUACAGACACACAUUUUCAUACGCACACACAACUUGAUACACAAAUUGCUUUACACAUACAAACACCUAAAUACAAACAAUUCUUUCAAGGCAGAAACUUAGCAAAAAUCUGGUGUUAACAGACAAUCAGGGUUUCUGUUUCACAUAAAUACGAAUACACCUACACAACUUUAACGGCAGAAAGGUAGCAACAUGCCAUGUGUUAACAGUUAAUCGGGGUUCCUGCUUCACCCAAAUCUGAUUACGGACACAUUUUCAUACACGCACACAACUUAAGACAAAAAUUGCUGUACACAUACACACAUCUAGAUACAAACAAUUCUUUCAAAGCAGAAACUUAGCAAAAAUCACGUGUUACACAAUUAGGGUUUCUGUUUCACACAAACUGAAUACACGUACACACACCUGAAUACACAUACACAACCUAAACGGCAGAAAGAGAGCAAUUUGUCGCGUUAAUCAGGGUCCCUGCUUCACCCAAAUCUGAUUACAGACACACACAUUUGUUUACGUACACACAACUUAAGACACAGAUUGCUUUACACGUGCACACAAUUCUCUCACUGCAAAACAACAAUCGAAGAAAUACGGACGGACAAGAUAAUUUUUCUUCCUCAGACAAAUCCUAAUACCGACACACUUUAGUUCAACAACACAUGAAAUGGAUUACACACACAGAUUGAGACGCGCAUUUGCAAAUCAUUUUGCUGCGAUCAUGAUUCUGUAGAAAUUUUGUUUUUUUUCUCCAAGAUACGGAAAGUAUUCCACAGGACCGCUCAUCAUGUACACAAUACACAGACAUUUGGCACGAAGGAAAAGGAGAAAAGUUUAGUGCUGA